GGGGGGGAGGGGAUUGGGGAUUUUUUUGUUUAAUUCAGAUAACCUUGAUUAAAACAUUUAUGCUGUUGACUCAUUAAUACUCUUAAUGUAUGCAGCUGUGUUCCUUCCUUAGGCUGAUUCUGGAUACUCUGCACGACAUAGUAAGGCUCAGCGAGGCAAUAGUUGCAUAUCAGCAGCAAGCACGUGAAAAGGAACAGAAAGUGGCUGAAAUUCAAAAGCAAAGACUUUUACUAAAAGAAGUCGGGAGAGAGAAACUGAUGCACAUCCAUGACAUGAGGAGCAAACUAAAGGUGAAACAAACAACUGGGGAGGUGAAAAUGCUGGAGGAGAUGCAUGCUGCCUACGAGAAAGAGAGAAAGAUAACUUCAGUAAUUCAAAAUGUAUUGCAGUGCAUCAUAAUUGGAAGCAGAGUCAACUGGGCAGAAGAUCCAUCUUUAAAGGCACUUGUUCUACAGCUUGAAAAUAUAAUCUGAUUUGGGAGACAUGGUCUUUAAUUUUUUAAUGUAGUGUACAUACUCAGUCUCCUAAAUUUGAUAAAUUAAUACCCAUUAUGAAAACA